UGGGCUGACUGCAGUAUCUCUGCAGGCAGGCUUACAUCCGUAGUGUCACUAUAGGUACCAGCUGAAGCAAGACACAGCAGAGAAACAGAAUUCAAGGCAUCAUCUCCCCCUGUUGUCCAGACUCACAAAAUGCAGCAAACUGGAAUAUGAGACAGCCAAAGCAUUUCCUUGCUGUUCUUUUGUAACCUGACAUGAAGUAGACAGACACCUUCUGAAGUUUUAUGCAUGCUGAGUUCCCCCCCACCCUUGCUGCAACAAGAAAAACCUUUUCUUUUAACCUGGCUUCCUUUGAAGAAGUGACUCAGGCAGCUUCAUGGCCUCUCAAGAUACUCUAGGCCAAAUGCAAGACACCACUCAAGAGCCUCUUCCUGGUUCUCCAGAGCCUCCAGAUCAAUAUAAAGCUUCAGAAAGUACCACUGUCUGGAAAGAAGGCCAACCACCUGUCAGCUUGCCUCCUGGUCUGGAAUACCUAAGCCAGUUGGACCAGAUCAUUAUUCACCAACAAGUGGAGCUUCUUCAAGUUAUACUUGGGACUGAAACCUGCAGCAAAUAUGAAAUUAAAAACCACAUCGGACAAAGGGUUUACUUUGCAGUGGAGGAAAAUGACUGCUUUGACCGUAACUUCUGCUCACCCUUACGGUCUUUCACCAUAAGGAUAUCAGACAACACCGGUCGAGAAGUGAUCACUGUGAACAGACCUUUACGAUGCAAUAGCUGCUGGUUUCCAUGUUACUUACAAAAGCUAGAAGUCCAGUCUCCUCCUGGAACCACAGUUGGGUAUGUUGUGCAGAAAUGGGACCCUCUUCUGCCCAAGUUCACUAUCCGGAACGAGAGCAAUGAAGAUGUGCUGAAGAUAAUAGGCCCUUGUGCAACAUGUGGUUGUUUUGGAGAUGUUGAUUUUGAGGUGAAAUCUUUAAAUGAAAUGUCAACUAUUGGCAAGAUUUCCAAGUAUUGGUCUGGAUUUGUCAAUAACAUCUUUACCAAUACAGCCAACUUUGGUAUUCAGGUUCCUGCAGAUCUUGAUGUAAAAAUCAAGGCUGUUAUGAUUGGUGCUUGCUUCCUCCUAGUAAGUAUACCAAAAAUGGAGACAACAUUAACUUACUCUUGAACCCACCAUUCCCUCAAGAUGUUCAAGACAGUUCAAAAUCACGAGAAUCUUUAUGAAAUAGAUGAGGCUGAACAGGGACUUCAAUAUGGAGUUCCCAUAUCCAAGUCCAACAUAAAACUCACUGUACUACACUGGUCUAUGUUCACCAUCUGCUCCAAGAGCCAAUUCACAUGUGUGACUGUGAGCAUGGAUAUAUAAUGGCAUGGAGAAACAUGGAUAAAUGGAGCUUCUGCAACUGCUUUGAUGUUAUAUGUAUGGAAUGGACAUAUGAUAUUAGUGAUGCAUCAUUAAUCUGCCCAAUCUCCAUUUGCCCUAUUGUUGAAUCCAGAUUGAAACAGAUGAAUUUGACUCAUCCUAGAAUUAUCCACCAAUCACA